AUGGAAGGUUGCAAAAAGUCCCCACUAAAGCCUUGGAAGAAAGGGCCAACAAGGGGUAAAGGUGGCCCCCAAAAUGCUUCAUGUGAGUAUAGAGGUGUUAGACAAAGAACAUGGGGUAAAUGGGUUGCUGAAAUAAGAGAGCCAAAGAAGAGAACAAGACUCUGGCUUGGCUCUUUUGCCACAGCAGAAGAAGCUGCUUUGGCUUAUGACGAGGCUGCAAGGAGACUCUACGGACCUGAUGCUUAUCUUAACCUUCCCCACAUGCAACCAAGCUUCAUUAGUUCCAAUACCAAACCUCAAAAGUUCAAAUGGUUCCCUUCCAAAAACUUCAUUUCCAUGUUCCCUUCACGUGGAUUACUCAACCUCAAUGCACAACCAAGUGUCCAUGUAAUCCAUCAAAGGCUCCAACAACUUAAGCACAAGAAUGGGGUGGUUGCAAAUGCAAAUCAAUCACCACUUCCGAGUUCAUCAUCCACUGAUCCAAAGGUAGAACUUGAGAACAUGGGCACCAAAAAUCAUGCAGAAAAUUUUCCUCUACCUGAAAAAUAUGCUCAAACUUCAUCACCAAAGAUGCUUGGAGAUUUUCAUGAGAAACCCCAGAUAGACCUUCUUGAGUUUCUUCAACAGAUGGGAAUCCUAAAAGAUGAAAGAGAGUCAGAGAAAACUGAUAGCUCAGGAAGUUCAACAGUGUCUGAAGCUGCAUCAAGAGAUGAUAAUGAGAAACAAAAAGUGUUUUCUGACAUGAGUAUUAACUGGGAUGCAUUGAUUGAGAUGCAUCAGCAUGACUAUGGAGUUGCAGAUAAUUAUCAUGAAUCAGAAGCAAUCCAGUUCGAAGCAUAUGAUAUAAACGAAGAACUUACUUUCUCCACUUCCAUUUGGAACUACUAA